GAAGCGAGAUGUGGCACGUCGAUCGGCAUAGACGACUUCAUAAUUGCACUGCCAGUGAAAGAGAUGAACGACCUCUACGUGGCGAUUUGUCGCGGUGAAGAUGACCGUGCGCACAACUUUAUCUGGAUGAUGCGUUGGCAGGAGACGUGCAUGGAGCUGUCUGAGAUCACGCGACCGCAAAUUCGGGCACGUCUAAAAUGUAUAAACUCCAACUUGUUGCGGUAUCGCGAGGAGCAAGACGAACAUAUCGAGCACUUUAUCGCGAUGGAGGCGGACCCUUCCACACGACACGACACCCUCAUGAACCAUUAUAAGGAAGGCCUUGACUUGCAGAAACGCUACAACAUAGUUGCCGAUCUAGCCACAGCUAUGGACAGAGUCGAUAUGCUGGCGGACCAACUCAAGGAUCAAGCUCACUGGACAUGCUCUUGCGAGAAGCGCGCAUACCACCGCUCGCCCCAAUGGCUUCAAGAGCAACCUCUCAACUUGGCACCACAAGCUCUAAGGCCGCGCUGGUUUUGGCCUCCCCGCUAUCAUGGGUGA